AUGUUGCUUGUAAUCAUCAUGAAAAGAUUUACUGCAGUUUGUUCUUACACAUUGAGAUCAUUCCAAGGCUUUUUUAGAUCAGCUAAAAGUUGGAAAAGUUUAUGGCCAACGGAUAACUCACUUCAUUUGGGUAUGGAGGAAGCAGUAUACCUCAGCGCGGAAAUCUCAGUCUUGCGCAUAUUUGCUGAUGAUGGACAGGAAUGUGUACCGGAUAUUGUCUGGAAGGCAUUUUAUAAUCGUUAUGGAAUUCGAUUUGUAAGGCGUUAUGCAACUUACCGGUAUUUUAAAUGUCAGGGUUGGAUUGUGCGACCUGGCCUUCAUUGUGGGGCGGAUUUCAUGCUUUAUCGUGAUGGGCCUGAAUAUUAUCAUAGCAGUGCAGCGGUACGAAUUGUUUCUACAGAAAGUAGACGCAGUGUGUCAUCUUUUAUCGCACUUAAUAGAGGAUUAAAUAAUAUAAAGAAGACAUUGAUAGAAGUGACCGUUGUUAUUCCUGAGGACUGCAAUAUUCAGAGUAUCGAUUCUGUCCACUGCAUUUCUGUUACACAUACCACCUCUCUCACUUGGAAAACAUCUGAUGAUCGAUGA